GGGGGAUGGAUUCACAACUCACGUCUCCUGAAACGGAUUGGGAUUAAAGUACAGGGCGCUGGAGUGGAAAUGGACAGAGAAGCGAGCACUUCGUUCCUGAGCCCUUGAAACUAGUUUGGGUGUCACAAUCCCAGGCAAAGCUGUGCAUACCAAGCCUGAAUAAUCUGCUCUGUCCCAAUGGAUGAAGCGAAUGAGACUGCACAGGACUCCGUACCCAGUGAAGAGGUACAUAAGGAAAGGCAUCCCUAAUGAGCAUCGCUCUCACGUGUGGAUGGUCGUGAGUGGCGCUCAGGCCCAAAUGGACAUGAAUACAGGCUAUUUUCGACGUAUGUUUACAGAGGGAGAAAAAAAUCCAAAGUUGCUGGAUCUUGUUAUUACAGAUCUCAAUCGAACAUUUCCUGACAAUGUCCUGUUUCAGAAAAAUGCGAACCCUUCUUUGCAAAAAGACUUGUACAAUGUGUUGGUGGCUUAUGGGCAGCAUAAUAAAACUGUGGGCUAUUGUCAGGGCAUGAAUUUUAUAGCUGGAUAUCUGAUUCUGGUGACAAAAGACGAGGAGAAAGCAUUUUGGUUGAUGGAUGCUCUCAUUGGACAAAUUUUGCCAGAUUACUACAGCCCCGCAAUGACUGGACUGAAAACUGACCAGGAGGUUCUGGGGGAUCUAGUGAAAAAGAAGAUACCAUCAGUGGCACAAUUGAUAGAAACUCAUGGGGUGAUGUGGACCUUAUUGGUUUCCCGCUGGUUUAUUUGCUUGUUCAUUGACAUCCUUCCUGUAGAGACGGUUUUGAGAAUAUGGGACUGUUUGUUCUUCGAAGGAUCAAAAGUUAUCUUCCGUGUGGCCUUAACACUAAUCAAACAAUCUCAAGCUUCCAUAAUGGAAGCAAGAAACUUUCCAGAUAUCUGCGAUAAAUUUAAAGAGAUCACAAAGGGGGAGUUUGUUACAGAUUGUCACUAUUUUAUGCAGAAAAUCUUUGCGGAACCUGGCAGCUUAUCCAAAACUACCAUUGACAAGCUGAGAGAGAAGCAGAGACUCAAGUUGAUCAGUGAGGAGAAGUGAACUGACUGCAGAACAAGCUGUGACACAUUCCGGCCGUGGAACCAUUGCACUGAGCCCCUUGCACGCCAGUUGCAGUUCCAGCACAGCCAGUCUGGCACUAAGUGCUGAACAGAAGGCAAAUGACUGUUAUUUAGACCAAGAUACCUGCCCUUAAGUGCUUCAAACACUUUGUACUGUUAUUUCAAAUGUCUGAAUCUGACCAAAUGGAAUAUGUGAGUUUUUGUACAUGUAUAAAAUACACAGAACCCCGCAAGUCAAGUGGAAUAAAAUAUUUAUUUCUAGAGUGUCUGUUGGAAAUGCAGUCUCUCCCAUUCACCCAGCUUUUAGAUCACAAAACAAUGGAAUGUCUGUUCUGUAAAGGUUGCAUGCUCAGUUAAUGGGACUAAAACACAAAUUUUCAAUUCCCAAUUUUCAAUUGGACAUUACUGUUACAGGGUCAUGUCUAACCGGAGCUAGGCGCAAAGCACCCCAGGAUCUGUGCCCAUUGGUGCAAAGUAACCCAUAGCAACCAGUAAGAUGUUACUUUU